UAGAGGCACAGAAAGGCAGGGGUUUUGCUCCAACCUUACUUUUCCGUCUCUUGUUUUUUCUUUCCUUCCUUCUCUCAUCUUCCCAGCCGCCGCUUCAUACUGUCUUCACUCCGUUGCCUGUGUUUUUCUUUCUUCCUUUAUUUCUAUUCAACGGAUCGGAACGGUGCACUGUGAAAGGGUUUUUGUUUUGUGAGUGUAUUAAAAAAUGCUGCGUAGAAACAUCCGUUUGAGGAGAGAGUAUUUGUACCGAAAGAGCUUAGAAGGCAAAGAACGCUUGCUCUACGAAAAGAAGCGCAAAAUCAGAGAAGCUCUUCAAGAAGGGAAACCCAUACCCACUGAACUCAGAAACGAGGAAGCUGCUCUUCGCCGCGAAAUCGACCUCGAAGAUGAAAACACCGCUGUUCCGAGAACGCACAUUGACGAUGAGUAUGCUUAUGCUGCGGAAAAGGAUCCUAAAAUUUUGCUGACUACUUCCAGGGAUCCGAGUGCUCCUCUUCAACAGUUUGUUAAGGAGUUGAGUUUUGUGUUUCCCAAUGCACAGAGGAUGAAUCGCGGUGGUCAGGUUAUCUCAGAGAUUAUAGAAUCUUGUCGUGCACAUGACUAUACAGAUGUUGUUUUGGUCCAUGAACAUCGUGGUGUACCAGACGGUUUAAUUGUUUGCCAUCUACCAUUUGGUCCAACUGCAUAUUUUGGAUUACUCAACGUGGUUACAAGGCAUGAAAUUAAAGACAAGAAAGCCAUUGGAACAAUGCCUGAGGCUUAUCCACAUCUGAUUCUUGAUAAUUUCUCAUCUAAGUUAGGUGACAGAACCGCAAACAUUCUGAAGCAUCUUUUUCCAGUGCCAAAACCAGACACAAAACGUAUUGUCACCUUUUCCAACCAGUCUGACUAUAUCUCGUUCAGGCAUCAUAUUUAUGAAAAGCAUGGGGGCCCUAAAUCUAUAGAACUGAAGGAAAUUGGUCCCCGGUUUGAGUUACGGCUUUAUCAGAUAAAGUUGGGAACGGUGGAUCAAGCUGAAGCUCAAAUAGAAUGGGUCAUCAGACCUUACAUGAACACCACCAAAAAGCGGAAAUUUCUCAGUAAUUGAUGCAAGCAUAGUGUUUGUUCAGCUAAACCAUAUGAUUAUACAUUUUGAGCUCGCAUUUCACUGACUGUACUUUAAGGAUGUGUUAAGUUGAUUAGGUUGAUAAACAAGCUUUUUUUUUUUUUUUUUUUUUUAAUGAAAACACUGUCUUUUGACAGAGCAAAGUUUUGAGCAAAUGAAAAUGAAAAUGUACUUGCUUUUGGAU